UGGUUUGAUCCUGUUACAUAUUUUCUUUUAUUUCAGCAAUUAGAACUAAUCACACCUUUUCAACUGUAUUUUAAUCCUGAAUUAAUAUUUAAACACUUUCAAGUAUGGAGGUUGAUAACAAACUACUUAUUCUUUGGGCCAGUUGGAUUUAAUUUUUUAUUUAAUAUGAUUUUUUUAUAUCGUUACUGCCGAAUGCUUGAGGAGGGGUCUUUCCGAGGUCGGACAGCAGAUUUUGUAUUUAUGUUCCUUUUUGGUGGAUUUUUAAUGACUCUUUUUGGCUUGUUUGUGAACUUGGUUUUCUUGGGUCAGGCUUUUACAAUAAUGCUUGUGUAUGUGUGGAGCCGCAGGAAUCCCUAUGUCCGUAUGAACUUUUUUGGUCUUCUCAUCUUCCAGGCCCCAUUUUUGCCCUGGGUACUCAUGGGCUUUUCAUUACUAUUGGGGAACUCCAUCAUUGUAGAUCUUUUGGGGAUCGCAGUUGGACACAUAUAUUUUUUCUUGGAGGAUAUCUUUCCUAAUCAGCCUGGUGGUGGAAGGCUUCUGAGAACACCAUCUCUUUUGAAAGCAGUGUUUGAUACACCAGAAGAAGAUCCCAAUUACAAUCCGCUUCCUGAAGAGCGACCAGGAGGAUUUGCGUGGGGUGAAGGUCAGCGCCUCGGAGGCUAAUAAAUGGCAGUGCUAAUACCCAGACGCAACUAGAAGGAGCUCAACUGAAGUACCAUAUUGGGAAUUCUUUUACUCCUUAUUGCAGAAAGGACGUGUUACAGCUUUAUGGUUCUGACUACAAGAAGCACUUUAUGAUAUGUCAGUCUAAGUAAUCCAAGACAUUUCCAGGAGACUGCCAAUGUCUCUACACCAGGGUUUUGUUGCAUUGGUACUGAAAACAUCAUCUAGUGGAGUAAAAAAAAAAACAGCCCCCCCCACAAAAAACUGGAAACCAUUUCCUGUUAACUUCAGCUAGCAAGACCAUGCAUACUUGUUUGGAAAUGUUUCCAAAGGCAUUUUUUUCCAAGUUCUUUGAUGCAGGAAACUGUAUGGGAAACUUUGAGGGACAAAAUAAAACUUUGGUUUUAACUUUUUUUCCACUGGAUAAAAAGCAGAUGUGUGAGCUCUCUUACAGUGAUUCGCUAUUUUCGUUGUCCAAAGGCUGGUAUGAAGCAAAAUACACUAAAUUUCCAAGCCCGUUUUCUUUUUGAGUCAGACAGGAUUUUAAUUUUGGAUGGUACAAGUUUUGCCUUCUAAUUUUGUGAAAAUAGACUUCUGUAGUUACAGUAUGAGCCUUAUUAUGAACCUAGUUUGCAGGCUGAGAAUACAUCUUGAUCCAGAUUAUUUUGAAUUGCACAUGUGCAAAUGUCCAGGUAUGAAAUUUCACUGACAUGCUUAUACAUGCAGUAGCAAAUGUAGUUCUGAAAAAUGUAGCUUUUAUUUUUUUUCAAAUGGUUGGCAGAUUAUUCAGAAUGCUGUGAAGAUUUUCCCAUAUAAUUUAAACUAUUAGUUCUUAGACUGCUAUAAGCAAAGCUCUGAGAUAGUGAGUGAAUAAAAUGUCUUAUGACUGCUGA